AUGCAUAGCAUGCUCCUGGCUCUGGGUGCUCUGGCCAUGUGCGCUAGUGCCCUUCCGUCGGCGACGUCCACUGCGGCGCCGUCGCCGGAGGCCACCCAUAUUUCGCUGCCCAUAUACACCAACAAGCGCGCGCUGCAUCCGCGCAACAAGAAUGUGGGCAAUGACACGCUCGCGGCCUGGAUGGCGCGGGAGCGUGGUCACCUCCAGCGCAAGUACAAAAAGAAGAACCGCAAGAACUCCAAAAAGGAGGCGCGUCAGAUGGCCGGUCUGGGUGACGUGGGCCCCGAUACGUUUUACUUUUCACAGAUUGGCGUUGGCUCGCCUUCGACCACGUUUAACGUCGUGCUGGACACUGGAUCGUCCGACUUUUGGAUUGCAGACUCGUCUUGCUCGUCGUGCGCUGGUCUGACGCAGUUCGAUGCGUCCAAGAGCUCGACCUACAAAGGCAGUGGCCAAAAUUUCCAGGUGCCCUACGGCUCGGGCGCCGUCGCUGGUACGCUGGGUGCGGACGAUGUGACCAUGGCGGGCUACAAGGUGGCGGGUCUGACGCUUGGGCAGGCGAAGCAGCUCGCCCAAGGCACCAUCCAGAGCCCCGUGUCGGGCCUGAUGGGCAUGGGAUUCGAGUCCCUUUCAAGCAGUGGCAGCUCGCCCUUCUGGGAGGUUGUGGCGAUCCAGGGCAAGGUCAAGGACCCCGUCUUUUCGUUCCAGCUUGCGACGAAUGCGGAGCACGCCAAGUCGGCCAAAGAUAUUAAUCCCGGCGGUGUCUUCACGCUCGGCAACCUCGAUGACCAGCAGUUCUCGGGCGACAUUGCGUGGGUCAAGCUUGCCUCGCGCUUCGGCUCGCAGGGUAUGGGCUACUGGGGUAUCAAGAUGGACGCCAUGCAGGUGAAUGGCAACAACGUCAACCUCGGCUCGGACAAUUUGGUGGCGGUCGAUACCGGCACGACGCUCAUUGGCGCUCCCUCGAACGUGAUUCAAGCCAUCUAUGAGCAGAUCCCCAACGCCCGCUCUGCACCAUCGUCGAUGCUGGGCGGCGAGGGAUACUAUCUCUUCCCAUGCACGCAACCCUUCACCGUCUCGUUCACCUUUGGAGGAAAGCAAUUCCAGCUCGACAAUGAGCAGCUCAACAUCGGUAUGGUGUCCCAAAGCGGCAGCUACUGUGCGAGUGCGCUUUUUGAUGCGGGAAUUGACGCACGCUCUGGAAUGCCUACGUGGAUUCUGGGUGAUACCUUCUUGCGCACGGUCUACACGGCCUUUAUGUGGAACCCCGAGCAGGUGGGCUUUGCCAGCCUGCCCAAGGGUGGAGUACAGACGCUCUCGAUGACCUCGGUGAGUACCGCCAAGUCUGCGUCUGCUACGCGCUCGGCCGCGGCUGGCGGCGGCGGCAUCCCCGGCGGCCUUUCCUCGCGCACGGUCAACACGCGCCAGACGGGCCUGUUGGGCGGUGCGGGCCUGCCGAAGCCUUCGCUGGUCAGCGUCCCGAGCGGGAUGCAGACGCUCAGCGCAUACGGUCUCGGCGGCAACAGCGGCCAGCUCAGGAUUAUUUACUCCCUAUUGUGGCUCUCGUAUACCCAGGCCUCGCCGUCGGCCACGCAUGAUACCUCGCAGAAUUUCACCGUCCCGAUCUGGACGAACCCCAACGCACUGCACCCCCGCAAUGGCUUGCACGGCGAGGCGCUCAUGGAGUGGGCGUCCCGUGAAGCCCAAAAAAUGCAUGCACGCUACUCGCAUCGUAACAGCUCGCUCGAGGCGCGCCAGCAAGUUGUUCUGGCCGACUAUGGCGCAGACAGCUUCUAUUUUGGCGCAGUGCAGGUUGGGACACCCGGCAAAAUGUUCAAUGUUGUUCUCGAUACGGGAUCCGCUGACUUUUGGAUUGUCGGUGCGAGCUGCGCGCCGCAUUCGGGCUGCGAUGCGUCGAUGCAGCGCUACAAUGCGUCGGCCAGCAGCUCGAGUCACUUGAGCAACGCGCCUUUCCACCUCGAGUACGGUGUGGGCUCCGUGCAAGGCACGAUGGUCUCGGACACGGUGUCCGUGGCGGGCUACAGCGUGUCGUCGCUUGCCUUUGCGCAGGCGAGCAGGCUCGGCCAAAAGACGCUCACGCCACCCGCCUCGGGCCUGAUGGGUCUGGGCUUUUCGAGUCUCUCGGCCACGAACGACAUACCGCUGUGGCAGCUGCUUGCGUCGAAAGGCAGGAUGGAGCAGCGUGUGUUCUCGUUCCAGCUCGCCACCAACAUCGACAAUACCAAAGGGCGGGGCGAUGUGCUGCCCGGAGGCACGAUGACGCUCGGCAGAAUCGACCGCUCGCAGUUCCAAGGCGAGAUCUCCUGGACGCCGGUUCUUCCCGCGUACGGCUCCAAAGGUCGUGGCUAUUGGGGUGUGGCGCUCAGUGGACUCAUGGUGAAUGGCAAUAACAUUGCGCUCGGCAGCCAGUCCUCUGCCGCGAUCGACACGGGCACGACGCUGAUCGGCGGCCCCGGCAGCUUGGUCAAGCAGAUCUACGAGUCGAUUCCCGGUGCAAAGCCGGGGGGCGUUAACAUGUCGCAGUACUAUACAUAUCCCUGUGACUCGGCCUUUAACGUCACGCUCUCCUUCAACAACGUGCCUUACACACUGACCAACGACAGCCUGAACUUGGGCCAUGUGAGUGCCGGGAGCAAGGAGUGCGUCGGUGCGGUGUUUGUACACGAACCGAAGAUCACCAACGCACCUAACUGGAUCAUUGGCGACUCGUUCCUCAAGACGGUGUACAGUGUGUUUAGCUACGAGCCCGAGCUCGUGGGCUUUGCGCGGCUACCGGACCAAGGCGUGGCGAAGCCGUCCAUGACGAGCCUCUCCACGUCGGUGCGGUCGACGCCUUCCGGUUCUCUGCUCCUCCCGAGCUCGACAUUGAUACCUGCCGAGAACCAAGAGCUGCCGAGCAAAGCGCUGCCUUCGCCGUCGGUGCUCAGUGUCCCGGCCGGAAUGCACAUGGUGAGCUCGAGCGCCACGGCGCUCCGUGCAUCCCUCCUUUCUGCCUUGGUGGCACUUGUUGUUGCAAUUUAUCUGGUAGUCUAG